AAAAUUUCAAAUUAUAAUGUAAAAGUGUUCGUAAUUAGAAAAAGUAGGCAAAAAUAGCGGAUUAAGUCGAAAAAUGUUAAAAGGAGAUUACAAAAUGACGAAAACGCCCUCUUUCGGUAUAUCUUCGUGAGAGUCGCCGCUUUCACUCUGCUCUGUCACUUUUUCUUUUGCUGAGAGCUCUUUGUCUUCACUCUAAGAGAGAAUCGGAGAAAAAGAAAAAUGGAGAAGGUGUUAACGAAAGUGACGAGCUUCAAAGUGGGAGGUUCAUGGGUUUCGAAGAAAGCCAAGGAAGAGCUCUCCAACAUCACCAAUGACCUCACCACUUUCUCUAGUACCGUUGAAGAGAAAGCCAAAUGGGUUUUCAACAAGCUUAAAGGAAAGCCACUGAAAAGCUUACCAGAUUUACUUAAGGAAUACAACUUACCACCAGGACUCUUCCCACAAAACAUAAUCUGCUACGAAUUCGACGAGACCAAGAACAAACUCACUGUCUUCUUCUCUACACCGUGCGAAGUCACAUUCAAAGACGGAUCAGCGAUAAGGUACGCCACGCGCGUGAAAGGGAUCUUGCUUAGAGGGAAACUGAUGGGUGUUGAAGGGAUGAAGACAAAAGUGUUGGUUUGGGUUAAAGUCACGACAGUCUCAGUGGAGAGCUCGAAGUCAGACAAGCUCUGGUUCACUGCUGGUGUCAAGAAAUCUCGGUCCAAGAAUGUUUACGACACACCUCAUGACGCUAUCAAAGUCGUUGGAGAGUUGUAGAAUAUGUUGUUUUCAACGGUUAUUACCAUAUUUGAUUCAUAAUUGGUUGUAUUUGCAUCUUGGGAAGAGGUAUAUAUAUAACUCUCAUCUGGUUAAAUGCAUUUCUUGUUGGCCAUCCUAGAUCUCAUUAUCUCUUUUGUUUUGUUUCUGUUAUUUCGUGACUUGUAAGUUCGUACCAAGAAUAUGUUUUGUUACUAUUACAUCAAUUAAAUCCUUGAGAUAUCCGACUCA